UUAUUCAGGUUUUUCUCAUCACCAUGCCCAUUGUGGAUUUACAACAGGUUUACAGGGAAGUACUGCAAAAGCAGUAGACCCCUUGUAUAAAUACUUCUGUAUCAAAGUAUGUUGCGACUAAGGAGCACUCUACUCUACUCUACGGGCACUUUUUACUUCCAUCUGCUAUUUUUGCAAGAAUGCUCUUCCAUUGUAUGUAUGACCGUAACUGCAAUUUAUGAGCCUUAUAAAUUUUUCAGCGCUAAUGACUUCGACUUUGUACGACAGUAUGUCAGCAUUAACCUUAAUCUUUACUGACAUUUAUCGUUUUAUCUUUAAUGCCGAAAAAUAUUUAUAUAAUUGCUUCGGAUUUCGCUACAACAUGCCAUGUAGAAGUCUUUAUCAGAUCGUCACUGAGUGUGGCAGAUUUACCCAACCGCCAAACCAAAACUUUUGCUUUGUGCCAUAUAUCUGAUAACUGAAUCCAUAUGGAAUUUGUUAUCGGAGGGGCAGCAGCAUGUUGUGCAGGUGUAUUUACUAAUCCUCUCGAGGUUGUUAAAACGCGUUUGCAGCUACAAGGAGAAUUAAAAAGUCGUGGUGUAUAUACAAAACAUUAUAAGAAUGCAUUCCAUGCUUUUUAUGUGGUAGCCAAAAGUGAUGGAAUUCUUGCAUUACAAAAAGGAUUAGUACCAGCUUUAUGGUACCAGUUGUUUAUGAAUGGUGUGCGACUUGGAUCAUUUGAUUUUAUGCAGAAAAGUGGUUUAAUAGUAAAUGCUAAAAAUGAAGUUAGUUUUCCCAGGAGUGUUGCUGCUGGUGCUGCUGCAGGUUGUAUUGGAGCAUUAGUGGGAAGUCCAUUUUAUAUGAUUAAAACACAGCUUCAAGCUCAGUCAUCAUCUGUAGUUGCUGUUGGAUUUCAGCAUAAACAUCAAGGAAUGAUGGAAGCUUUUAGAUGUGUUAUUAUUCAGCAUGGUCCUUUAGCAUUGUGGAGGGGAGCCAGUGCUGCUAUGGCUAGAGUAACUUGUGGAUCAGCUGCUCAAUUAGCAACAUUUUCAAAAUCUAAAUGUUGGAUUGAAAGUUUGCAGAUAUUCAAGCCUGAUAGUUGGUUAAGUGCUCUUGCUGCCAGUAUGCUGGGUGGAGUAGCAGUAGUUGUCUGUAUGACUCCAUUAGAUGUAGUUUCAACACGUGUGUACAAUCAAGGUGUAGAUAGCCGUGGGAAAGGCCUCAUUUAUUCUGGUUUAUGGGAUUGCAUUAAAAAGAUAAUGUCUUCAGAAGGAUUUUUUGGGUUCUAUAAAGGCAGUACAGCAUCUUUUUUACGUACAGGCCCACAUACAGUACUUUCAUUAAUGUUUUGGAAUGAAUUUCGUAAACUUUACAAAAGCUAUGAAUUAAUUAAUGAUUUUCAGUGAAAGAAAUUUUCUUAUGGUGUUUAUAUCUAGAAUAAUUACAAGGUAAUGACAAUUGAUUAAAAUAAAGAAAAUUAUUAGUACACGGACGUGUAGGUAUACAUGUGUAAUUUACAUAUGAAAAUCUGUAAGGAAUGUAAAAAUACAAUAACUUGUUUAAUUAUGUAUGAAGAUCUAUAUAGAGUUCAAAAAUGCUAUUACUAUUUAAAAAUAUAAAUGUGAUUAGUUAUCAUACCCAUAGUUUAUUUACUUGUUUGUAUUCAACCCUUUAUUAGCUGCAGGUUUUAGCAUACUUAAAUUUUGCUGUAGUUAUUAUUAUUAUACUUAGUUUGUGCUAUUGUAUGAGGCAACUCUUCUUCUGAAUUAAGUUAGAGUCUGCUGUUUCCAACUGCUUCUAUUUCACAAUGGAGAUCUGUAUAUAGUGCUUAUAGAAUCUCAGUAUCCCUAUCAUAAAUUGUUAUGAUUUAAUAUGAAGUAAUGAACUCGUCUGGAUGUUAAUGUUGAAUAUUAUUUGAUGUUAUUUAAUUGUUUAUGUUUUUUUGUAUUGUUAAUGUUGUAUUACAGUAACCCCCUUUAAUAUGAAUUUGCUUAAAGUGAGCACUCGGUUAACAUGAAUAAAAUUUUGGUCCUGGCCAGGAUGUACGUGAUUGUAUAGGAAAUUUUAUCAGUUAUUGUAAAUUGCAAACAGUUUUUUUUUUUUUUUUUUUAAGUUUGUUGCAUCAUGAAUUUUUUUAUUUAACAUGAGCUUUCAAAAAUUUUCAACUUAGUUAAUGUAAAGGUUCACUCUCUCCCCAAUGCAGUAAGUUAUCUUCAGCCUUUGGAUCAUAGCGUUAUUGCUCUUAUGAAAAAGUCUUAAGCUGAAAUUUGUGCUGUUGAAAAGGAGAAAGGAAUGCUGACUUGGAGUGUGCUUGGUGCAAUAAAAGGCAUUGCUCUAUUCUAGAAAUCCAAUGCAUACAGAACUGCUUUUGCAGAGUAUGGAGACAUAAAAACGCUAAAAUCUUGUUAAGGAGCUAGACGAUGACAAUGAUACCACUUUACCUAAUGAAUGGAAUAGUCUGUAAGAUGUUGCAAACCCUGGCAUUAGUUUUGAGGAGUUUGCAGAGUGCAGAUGACACUGUUAUUUUAUGUGUGGUAUUGGAAUGUAAUGUACAAGCAGUCAUGUCUGAAGUGCAAGAAAUGUCAUCUAAAGAAAGUGAGUCAACAAUGUCAUUCUGCCAACCUGGCUAGAAAAUGUUACACACCUUGGAUACUGUAGAACAUUUUGCUGAAACAUCUGAAUUGACCAUUAGCUUUAUGGAAGCCAUGAGUACAGUUGGCCAUGAAGUUACUGGCACAUUUAAAAGAUGUUUUUUAUUGUCUGUGACAGUGCAAUAUACAAGAGUUUUUUUAACCCCCCCCCCCAAAAAAAAAAAAUUCUGUGAGCACAUUUUUUCAAGUUUUGGUACUGUAAUUCAUGUAGUAUUGUAGCAUUUUCCAUGCCGAUAUGUAUAAUAUACUGUAUGUACCUAUAUACUGUAAAUAGUUAAUACAUAGAAAAUACUAUUCCAAAAAUAAAAUUUGAUUCACUAGUUAA